CAAGUUCCUUUUUUUAAAAUCUUGCAGAGACAUUAACAUUUCCGAUUGCUAAUCUGCAUUAAGGAACUUUAACCUUACCGCUCCUGCGGUCGCACUUCCACGUGAACUGCUCAGAAUCGAUAAAGAGUAUUCGCAAGUCGGGGUCAAUUGUAGGACGACAGAACAUCAUUCUGUUGCGAACGCUCUGGGUGGAUUGUCACGCGUUGCAUUAGAUUUUCAAUUUCUAAAUACAGUACUAAAAGUUCUUGUUCAGAAAUGCCGAUCCAAAGCAUUAAAGCACGUCAAAUCUACGAUUCUCGUGGUAACCCCACUGUAGAGGUUGAUCUGGUAACAGAUCAAGGUUUAUUCAGAGCUGCAGUUCCUUCUGGUGCAUCUACUGGUGUUCAUGAAGCUUUAGAACUCCGAGAUAACGAUAAGUCAAAGUAUCAUGGAAAGUCUGUCUUUAAAGCUGUAGACAACAUCAAUCUUACCAUUACACCGGAAUUAUUGAAGGCCAAUUUGGAAGUUACACAACAGACAGACAUUGACAAUUUCUUGUUGAAACUCGAUGGCACACCAAACAAGUCAAAGCUUGGUGCAAAUGCACUUCUUGGUGUCUCUUUGGCAGUUUGUAAAGCUGGUGCUGCUAAGAAAGGAAUACCAUUGUACAAGUACAUUGCUGAAUUAGCUGGAAAUAGCAACAUUAUUCUGCCCGUUCCAGCUUUCAAUGUUAUCAAUGGUGGUUCACAUGCAGGAAACAAAUUAGCUAUGCAAGAGUUCAUGAUUCUACCCACCGGAGCUGCUAACUUCACAGAAGCAAUGAAAAUGGGUAGUGAAGUUUAUCACCACCUUAAAGCAGGUAUCAAGAAGAAGUUUGGUCUUGAUGCUACCGCCGUUGGCGAUGAAGGUGGUUUUGCACCCAACAUUUUGGAAAAUAAGGAAGCUCUAAAUUUAAUUAUCAAUGCCAUCAAAACCGCUGGAUACGAAGGAAAGAUUAAGAUCGGUAUGGACGUUGCUGCAUCCGAGUUCCACAAGAACGGAAAAUACGACUUAGAUUUCAAGAAUGAGAAGUCCGAUCCAAGCACGUACUUAGAACCGACAGCCUUGAAGAAUUUGUAUUUAGAUUUCGUUAAGGAAUUCCCAAUUGUUUCGAUUGAGGAUCCGUUUGACCAGGAUGAUUGGGAAUCCUGGACUUCCAUGACUGCCUCCACUCCCAUCCAGAUCGUCGGUGAUGAUCUUACCGUCACGAAUCCCGAAAGAAUUAAGACGGCCAUCGAAAAGAAAGCGUGCAACUGCUUGCUUUUGAAGGUCAACCAAAUCGGUACCGUUACAGAGUCUAUUAACGCUCACAAACUUGCCAAGAGCUCCGGAUGGGGUACUAUGGUAUCUCAUCGUUCUGGUGAAACGGAGGACACGUUUAUCGCCGAUUUAGUUGUUGGACUUUCGACAGGCCAAAUUAAGACCGGCGCACCUUGUCGUUCAGAACGUUUGGCCAAGUACAACCAGAUUCUUCGCAUUGAAGAGGAGUUGGGCGCCGCUGCCAAGUUUGCUGGCGAGAAAUUCCGUAACCCUCAUGCUUAAACCAUUAAGACCUUUUUUUUCAAUGACAUGAGGCUCUAGUUGUAUUCAUCGCAAUACGUGAUGGAACUUACCCUUCCAUUACUGUUGAAAUGUUGGUGAAAUAGAGUCAAAUGAUUUUGCUGUAACUGUAGUGUGACAAAUCGUGAAAAUUAAUAGUGGUAGGCUCGGAUGCGAUGGCCCACUGUUAAAAAUAUCAACCACAAAUCAACGUGGGUCAGGUCGUCAUUAAAACGGAUGAACUAUACUCAUUGGAGUAAUAGUUGUUAAUUAUUGAUAUGAUUAAAAGUGAAGAGCAUAAUACAGGCAGUUUACCAGUGCAUUUAAAACGUACUAGUAACAGACAUGUAUUAAUAUUGCGGAAAUACUUAUAUUACGUAUUUAUUUUGAAUAAAUUGUUUGGACUUUGGUUAACAUAUCGUUGAAGUAGUUCACGUAAUUUAAACGUAUCGAAGAAUAAAUAGGCCUGGUGUCUGCCAAUUUAGAAGCACAAACUGAAAGUUGUGAAUAAACUAUUACGGUUAUUGUUAACUGUUGCAUGUGUGAGCAUUAUACAUUACGACGCAUGUGCUAAAAGUAUUAAAUAAUAAUUAUUAUCACGAACUAAAUUAACUGUUAUUUUCAUAAAAUGAAUAGCGUUAAUCCUAUUGUCACGACUAUACCUGUAAAAGCAAAUAUUUAAAUAAAAUAGAAAAAAAUAUGUCUUAACAGAAA